CUUUCACAAUCACUGUCACUUUUGACAGCAUAGCAAUGCAUAUCUAAUGCAAGCAUGAAGAAAAGAAGUAGCCAUGGGCGCAAACAUACGCCUGCUGAUAACGGGGAGAGUAAGACCACGGGGGGGAAAGGGAGGGAGGUCGAAGGGAAAGUACCACGAUGUAUCCAGUCGAAUUCCGGGUGGUUCAUGAGGAUCAAAAAGGCGCUCCUCGCGCUCUGCAUUGUCUACAGCUCCGUUCCAUUCGUCCUCCGCCUGUUUCCAGGGAUAUUGGCGCAUGUGGUGUAUUCGCAUACCUUCAGAGUCCCAUUCUUUGUGGACCUCGGCCGUCCUGCAGACCUCUCUUUGAACCACACCGUCAACUUCUACCUCACACCAGAGGAAGGGGUCACAGUAGGCGUGUGGCACACAGUCCCUGACAGCCGAUGGAAGGAGGCCCAGGGAAAAGACCUGGCGUGGUACCAGGAGUCUUUAAAAGAUGGGGCCCCCGUUAUCAUCUAUCUCCAUGGUAAUGGGGGCACCAGGGGAGUCAGUCACCGAGUGGAACUAAUGAAAGUCCUGACCACAGCUGGGUUUCAUGUCGUGGCCCUGGAUUACAGAGGAUAUGGAGAGUCCACUGGCCAUCCCAGCGAGGCGGGCUUGACCAUGGAUGCCCUGUACCUGUACCAGUGGGUGAAAGAACACAGUGGGAGAAGCCCUGUCUGUCUGUGGGGACACUCCCUUGGCACUGGGGUGGCUACCAACACUGCACUUAAAUUGCAGGAGCAAGGUAUAGCUGUUGAUGCAGUCGUCCUGGAGGCUCCAUACACAAAUAUUCGAGAAGCAGGUGCCUACCAUCCUUUUGGCAUGAUUUACUGGAAGUUCCCAUACUUUGAUUACUUCUUCUUGGACACCAUGGCACUGAACAAUUUAGCCUUUCAUAACGAUGAAAACCUGAAAACGAUGCGCAGCCCCCUGCUGAUCUUGCAUGCAGAGGAUGACCGCAUUGUUCCCUUCCACAUGAGCCAGAAGCUGUUUCAGAUUGCACAGCAGGCUCAGGGCUUGGAACAGCAGGUCCAGAUGGUGCCGUUCAGCAAAUCGCUGGGUUACUCCCACAAUGGGAUCUACAAGGACCCCACUUUGCCCAACAUUAUAUGGAAAUUUCUACAGCCCCUGAUGCCCUAAACCAUACAAAAAUGUAUCAGCAAUUUCAGAUGCUGCAGUUCUAUAUCAAAACCAUUUUUGACUGUCAAAAAAUGUCUUAUUUUCUUUAUAGAAUGCCUGGUAUGUUGGUUCAUUGUGACAUUAUUUUACUUACAAUUGCUCUCAGUCAUACUCUGUUUUGUGAAAGCCCACAAAAGAUGACACACAUUAAAUCGCUUAAGACAGAGUGUGACUUCAUGAAACCUAUAAUGCAUGAGCUACCAUUUGCUGUCAGUCACUUACUUGUUGAGAACCAGUAAAAGGACAUUGAAACAAACAUAGCAUUUCGCUGUGGGGAGCAGUGAGUCAGUGAUAACACGAGACAGUCCUGGGUUUGGGUUUGGGUUUCCCACCUAUUUUUGGUUUCAUAAAGCCCUACUCUUCCAUCACCACAAUAAACCAAUUUACAUUGCCAGACAGUGUUUACUGUUGUAAUGGAACACAAGCCCCAAGAGAUUAAACCGCUAUUUUUUUAGAACACUUUAAUCAUUACCAAUCACCACAGACUCUAAAUAACAAGGAAACUCAACCAUGGACAUUCAACUCACCAUGGACUAACUCCAACAUGUAGUCAUCAUUAUUUUCAAAUGAAUAACUAAUCUGGGCACAACCGCAUAAAAAGAUAUCUGCUUUAUUUUGGAAGGUGCAAUCAAGACUCAUUUAUGAUCACCAUGUGCAAAGUCACUUGAAAAUUUCAUGUUGUGUAUCCCUACCUCUGAAAGCAGGCAUUAAUCAAACUUAUGUCUAGCAUGGGAAAUAAGAUAUUGACCUUUAAAAUGCUAAACCGCAGCCAAUGUCUUAACAUUUCAUCACCAUCUCAUUGGCUUUGCAACAGUUUACUAAAUGUUGGCAUUGACAGUGAUUGACAUAAUUACUGUUUUUUUGCCAACUGAAAAACCAGAGCCAUAUUUGGCAUUGUGAAUUUGGGCUUGCUCAUAAAGUAAGGCUGGUAUUUUGACCCGGAGUCAACAUAGACUCCACAAGCGCAGCCUACCCAGCUCAAGAUAAGAAAAUAACAUUACACAGCAGGGUCUUGUUGACAUAUUUUAGCUGUAAUUGGAAGCAUUAUUUUUCAUGUACAUCUCAAGCAAUAAUAAAGAGUUAUUGGAUGCUGACUGAAAUCUACCUGUAUAAAGUAUAAUGCUCAGUUAAACUCUUCUUGCAUAGCCUUGUGAUACACUGCAGGACUCUUAUGUUCCAGCAGUUGCCUUUCAAAAGCACAACACCUUCUGGUGACAGGGGCUAAUGCAAGUUUAGGUACACAUCUGCAGACAGUAAUGUGAUUGUAAGAGGGCAAUGCACACGCUGGGGUUCUUUGGUGCUCCUUUUCAACAACCAUUUUGGGGGAGAUGAUGGUGAGUGAGUGAGCUUUUCUUGGGAGAAAGUUAUUGCAGCCUUCUUUAGAUGCUGAACGCUAUAAAGGGUGUUCAUAUCAACCAACUGGAAGUGCCAGCAAUUGUACAGCCUGGGGUAUGCCACUGUUUAUCUACUAGAUUGCUGCAUUAAUAGCCAUAUCAGCAUCCUGUUCCAGUUUACUUACCUGUUCAUCGUUUGUCUUGUUAAACCUGAUCUGCCUGUAGACAAAUACAACAAUAAGCACUUGUAACAUUUUUUGGCAAUAAACUGAACUUUUAAGGGUACAGUGGAUGAUCUCCAUCACUCUAUAAAUGAUGCUGAACCUGAGUGCACAUAUUUAGUUUACUAUUGCUGGUAAA